AUGCCUGCGUAUCACUCGAAAAUCGAGCAUGAACUGGUGGUUGGAAAUAUGGCCCUGCUACCGCUACGUACUAAUUUCAAAGGACCGGCACCUCGUACUGAGGCGGACCUCGAUAUAAUCGACGAGGCGUUGAUGUACUUUAAACCAAACAUUUUUUUCCGUGAAUUCGAGAUUAAAGGACCCUCCGAUCGCACGUUGAUCUACCUAACGCUUUACAUAACAGAAUGUCUACGUAAACUGCAAAGGAGUCCUAACAAGAUCUCUGGACAGAAAGAUUUGGCAGCACUAGCACUGAGUCAUCAGCUACCAAUUCCUGGAGAAGCAGACUUUCCUCUAAAUAACAUGUUCAAAGCUCCUGCGAAUAAGCAAGAAGAGGAAACAAUGCGCUCAUAUCUGCAACAAAUGCGACAGGAGCUUGGAGUGAGGCUGUGCGAGCUGGCUUUCCCGGAUCCUUCAACAAAACCGAGCAAGUGGUGGUUGUCGUUUGCGCGCAAACGAUUCAUGGACAAAGGUCUCGUCAGCCAAGGAGUUAUCCUUUAG